GCGAGAGUUCAUAUCAGCCAUUUGACAGACAGAGAAGAAAAUGUAAUGUUUACAUCGACGAAAUAUUGUUAAAUUCCUUCCUUCUGAGAAUAUAUUAACAAUCAGUGACAAUGAAUGCUGAUAAUAUAGAUCCAAAUAUUAGCACGACUAAUCGAGUAGCUCGUGUAAAUAUGGUAGAGGGCGUGGGAGCUCGUGUUGUUCGAGGUCCUGACUGGAAGUGGGGGAAACAAGACGGGGGAGAGGGACAUGUCGGGACUGUGAGGAAUUUCGAGUCUCCAGAGGAAGUCGUUGUUGUAUGGGAUAAUGGAACGGCAGCCAAUUAUAGAUGUGCAGGGGCAUUUGACUUGAGAAUCGUUGAUAGUGCUCCUACAGGUAUUAAACAUGAUGGAACCAUGUGUGACACCUGUAGACAACAACCCAUAUUUGGCAUCAGAUGGAAAUGUGCUGAAUGCUCCAACUAUGACUUGUGCAGCGUCUGCUACCAUGGCGAUAAACACAAUUUACGACACAGAUUUUAUAGAAUCACGACACCUGGAAGUGAUAAGUGUUCUGUGGAACCUAGAAGAAAAAGCAAAAAGAUAACAGCUCGGGGUAUAUUUCCUGGGGCCCGUGUAGUAAGAGGGGUGGACUGGCAGUGGGAGGAUCAGGAUGGGGGAAAUGGUCGAAGGGGGAAGGUCACCGAGAUACAGGACUGGAGUGCUGCUAGCCCAAGAAGUGCAGCCUAUGUUUUAUGGGACAAUGCAGCAAAGAACCUCUACAGAGUUGGCUUUGAGGGAAUGGCUGAUUUGAAGGUUGUGAAUGAUGCUAAAGGAGGGUCAUUCUACAGAGAUCAUCUUCCUCUCUUAGGAGAACAAGGUCCAGGGUCAAGGUCAGGUCCUGGUGGUUUAGCCAUUGGAGAUCAAGUCAACGUAGAUCUGGAACUAGAGAUUGUACAGUCUUUACAGCAUGGUCAUGGUGGAUGGACAGAUGGAAUGUUUGAGUGUUUGGGUACUACAGGGACUGUUGUUGGGAUUGAUGAAGAUCAUGAUAUUGUUGUUUCUUAUCCUAGUGGUAACAGAUGGACUUUCAACCCGGCAGUUCUGACAAAAGUAAACACCCCCAGUUCUGCUCCCUCCACUUCCAAUGAGGCUACCCCAGCUGCCCCUCCCUCAGCACAGUUUGCUGUGGGAGACCUAGUCCAGAUUUGUAAUGACCCAGAGAAGAUAAAACUGCUACAGAGAGGACAUGGAGAAUGGGCAGAGGCCAUGUUACCAACUCUUGGAAAGAUAGGACGGGUCCAACAGAUUUAUCACGACAGUGAUCUGAAGGUAGAAGUAUGUGGUACCUCGUGGACCUAUAACCCUUCAGCAGUCACGAAGGUGGCCUCCUCUGAUGGUGCCGCUAUAGGAAACUCCUCAGGAGAGAGACUGAGUGCUUUGCUGAAGAAACUGUUCGAGACCCAUGUUACUGGAGAUGCCAAUGAAGAACUGGUCAAAGCUGCAGCCAAUGGUGACUAUGUUAAAGUGGAAGAUCUGCUCAGCAGGCCAGAAAAUGAUGCCAAUGGUAUGUUUGCUGGACAUACAGCCCUGCAGGCUGCAUCACAGAAUGGACACACUGAUGUCAUCAAGAUCCUCAUUAAACAUGAUGUGGAUUUCGAAAUUGAGGACAAAGAUGGAGACCGGGCUGUGCAUCAUGCCGCAUUUGGAGAUGAACCCAGUGUAAUUGAACAGCUGCAGCGUGGUGGUGCAGACCUCAAUGCCCGCAACAAACGUAGACAGACACCUCUCCACAUAGGGGUCAACAAAGGUCACAUUGGAGUGGUCAAGACUCUCCUUGAGUUGGGAUGUCACCCGAGUCUUCAGGAUUCUGAAGGGGAUUCUCCACUCCAUGAUGCCAUCAGCAAGAAACGAGAUGACAUGAUAUCCUUGCUACUGGAACAUCAUGCUGACCUGACAAUUACUAAUAACAAUGGCUUCAACUCCCUACACCAUGCUGCUCUCCGUGGCAACCCCAGUGCUAUGCGGAUUCUUCUAUCUAAAAUUCCACGACCGUGGAUUGUGGAUGAGAAGAAGGAUGAUGGAUAUACUGCUCUCCACUUAGCGGCUCUCAAUAACCAUGUGGAAGUGGCAGAGCUCUUGGUCCACCAGGGGAAGGCAAAUAUGGAUCUUCAGAAUGUAAAUCUUCAAACAGCUUUACAUCUAGCAGUGGAAAGACAGCACACACAGAUUGUCAGGUUGUUGGUGAGAGAGGGCUGUAACAUGAACAUCCCCGACAAGGACGGAGACACACCACUACAUGAGGCCCUUAGACACCACACCCUGUCCCAACUCCGACAGCUGCAGGACAUGCAGGAUGUAGGCAAACUUUUAAUGGGAUUAGGGACCCCUGGCGCUGACAAGAAGUCCAGUGCUUCCAUUGCUUGCUUCCUGGCUGCCAACGGAGCAGAUCUGAACAUCAAGAAUAAGAAGGGACAGACACCACUAGACCUGUGUCCUGAUCCCAAUCUGUGUAAAGCCCUGGCUAAAUGUCACAAGGAGAGACACAGUCCUAACGGCACUGCCUCCAACACGGUUAUACUACGGAAUGACCAGGAAUCUCUGGAGGAAUGCAUGGUGUGCUCUGACCUGAAGCGGGACACAUUGUUUGGACCCUGUGGACACAUUGCUACUUGUUCCUUGUGCUCCCCACGGGUCAAAAAGUGUCUAAUGUGUAAAGAACAGGUCCAGUCUAGGACUAAGAUUGAGGAGUGUGUUGUUUGUUCAGAUAAGAAGGCGUCCACUCUGUUCUUGCCUUGUGGUCAUAUGUGUGCUUGUGACGGCUGUGGUCAGUUGAUGAAGAAGUGUGUACAAUGUAGAUCAUCUAUUGAGAAGACUGUGCCAUUCAUUGUGUGCUGUGGGGGAACUCCCCCUCCCGCUCCUCAGCCCCCUGGCAUCAUGAACAAUGGUUCCCGUGACAACACAAAAGACAUUCAGAAGCUACAGCAACAAUUACAGGAUAUCAAAGAUCAGACCAGCUGUCCAGUUUGUAUGGAUCGUCUGAAGAACAUGAUUUUCCUGUGCGGCCACGGCACAUGUCAAAUGUGUGGGGAUCGAAUGGCAGAAUGCCCGAUAUGUCGGAAAGCAGUGGAGAAACGCAUCCUUCUUUAUUAAUUUUAUACUUAGUAUAUAUAAAACUCUCUAUUGUCAAAUAAUCUGAAUUUAUGGCAUUAUUUAUUUUAUUGAAAUCUCUGUGGAAUAUAAUUCUUUGUUAAAAGAGAGCAUAGCAUUAAGUCCUUUUUUGAUGUUUCAUUUGUGAUAUUGUGAAUUACAAGUGUCUUUGUUAAAAAUCUCAGUGUUGUUAAAUCUUGUUAAUGCAAAAUCAUCUUGCAAGUUUUGAAAACACUUCUAAACACUAAACACUGCCUGUUUAUUUAGAAUUAGGUAAUUUUGUAUUUUAUUUUAUGUAGUGAUACACAAAACAUUGUUUUGGAAAUCCUAUUUUUUUUCAGUCAUUCUUCAUUCAUUUUCUUAACACAUAAAAUGUUAUUAUAAGUUUAGUUCUGUAUGUCCUUGUUUUUAAUCAGUAUAUUUUUUGGUAUUGUAAUUCUACACCCUAAUAUUUUAUGGGAGUAAAUAGUUUUUUUUAGCAAGUUCCCAGGAGAAUAAAGGAUAAUUAAAAGUAGCUUACUAUUUGUCAUAAAUAGAUCAUGAUUCUUUUGGACCUUAAAAACAGAAGGUAAAAAUUUUCAUCUAUGUACAUAUAUCAUAAAAGCAUUUGAUUGUUAUGCUGGAUGAAACCAUUUUUUUCUGAAUAAAUACAAGUAGUCUGAAAAAUCAAUAUAUUAUACAUUAUAUACAUGUAUUGAUAUGAUGCAUAAAAUUUUUCCUACCGAUUAAAAAAAUGAGAAAAACCGGAAAGGUAAGAGAAAUGGUAGUGAAUGCCAAGCUAAACAGACAGUGUGACAUUUGUUAAUUUUGUUUUUAAGUGCAAAAUUUUAACUGGAAUGGGAUAAUAAAUUUGACAAAGUAAAUUGAGAAAUUCUUAUUUUUUAAUAAGAUUUUAUUCAGAAGCUGAAUUAAAAAGAUAUGUUUGAAACUUGGGUAUUUUGAACAUCAAAUAUGUGUUAAUCAUUUUCGUAAUUGCACUUUCAUGUACUCCUUCCCAGCAGUGGCCAUUGUUGUAAUACCCUUGGACUUUCGUAAACUUAAGUCAUAGCUAUAAAUCCCCAUCAUGGUGCUUGUGUUUUAUUUCAGUAUUACUCUUUUGUUUAUAUACCAUUAGAUAUGAAAUUACUGUUUUGCAUUUUGAAUAGCAUCUUUGUAAAUUUUGAAAGUACAUGUACAGUAAAAACUGUCUAAUCUGACACCUGUGCAAACUGUUUCCCUGUGAAUUCUGACCUUUGUUUAUAUUACCAUUUUACUAUUUUCCAUGUUCUUAACACUGUGUAAUUCAACAGUUUAUGUCUAUUCCGACACAAUAUUGGUUCUCCCAGUCCAUGUCGGGUUAGACAGGUUUCACUGUAGUAUGUUUUGUUGUUGGUCAUCUUUAGGGGGUUUGAGUAGGUACAUUGUACUUUUAUGUAAAUUUUCAACAGCAAUUGUUUUCUAGUGACAUUUCAUUCUCUUUUCAUCAUGGAUAUUAAAGAUCAAUCAAAUUUGAAA